AUGAUCCCAGCUCGUUUGGCGUGGUUAUUGCAAGAGGUGCCCUCUCUGAUAAUACCGCUUUGUUAUGUGAUCACUGCAUUUGAAAGUUUAUCAGCACCAAACUUUGUGAUCAUUUCACUCUUUAUCAUACACUAUGCGCAGAGAUCUCUGGUGUAUUCGUUUUUGAUCAAAGGUGGCAAACCCACUCCGGUGCAUUUGUUCUUAGGAGGGUUGCUCUUCUGUACGGUAAACGGUUAUAUUCAAGGUGUAUGGCAAACGCGAUAUGUUCAAUACGAUACUUUUUGGCUUACAAAACCAAUCACUUGUAUUGGUAUAUCAGUAUUCGUGUUGGGUGCGUUGGUGAAUAUUCAAUCAGACGCCAUCCUACGAAACCUCCGUCGACCAGGUGAAAAAGGGUAUAAAAUACCAAAAGGUGGUUUAUUCGAGUACUGCUCGAGUGCGAAUUAUUUCGGUGAGCUGAUCGAGUGGAUCGGUUAUGCACUUGCUGCACAAACCUUACCUUCGCUGACCUUCGCCGUAUUCACAUUCUGUAAUUUGGCACCUCGUGCGCUUUAUCAUCAUAAGUGGUAUCUGCAGAAGUUUGAAGAUUAUCCGAAAAAUCGCAAAGCUAUUAUUCCAUUUCUGCUAUGA